UUAAGAGUACAUGAAUGCAACGAAAGAAAUAAAGGACACUUGACAGGGCCGGGGGGGAGGGAGAGAGAGAGAGAGAAGCAAGGGUGAAUUAUGAGUCAUUGAAAAGAAAACAGAGGCCAGUGGCUAGAGAGAGAGAGGAUGAUGGUGUUAAGGAGAAGGUGAGAUGCUUUCGGCUCAGCUCGCAGAAACUGGCCUCGUCUAUGCUGUAUUGGGCAGCUAGGGGAGUAAACAAAGAUCUUCGAACGUCUCCUCCUUUACUACCUUUUCGCUACACCAACCUCUUUUUUACUCCCUCUCUUACCCGUCCUAGGUUUAAUUUUGCUCCUCUCGAUUCUCAAUUAUCGAGCAUCUCCAUUAUUUUAUUCACUCACAGCAGCAGGCUCGCAGAAGGCGGAACAAGACACGCAAACUGCUUAAUUUUCUAUUUCCGAAGAAAAAAAGUUCUCUCCUUUUCUUUGUUUGAUGAUGGGGGAGCGGGAAUCAGAAAUCUGAGCUCCCUGCUCGAUUCUCAUCGUUAGUGCCUGUGUAGUUUCGUUGCUGGCUCAGAAGCUGAAAUCUUUACCCGAAGAAGAAUGUGGGAUCUGAAUGACUCGCCCGAUUGGAGAAAGGACGAGGAAUCCGAAGGUGGUUCUUCCUUGAAGACAUCCAUGGACGGAGACGAGUGCAAAGGGAAAAGGGUCGGAUCUGUGUCGAAUUCUAGCUCAUCUGCUGUGGUAAUCGAGGACGGAUCGGAAGAAGACGACGGUGAGAGGAGCAAAACAUUGAAGAAGAAAAGCAGUAAGAUAUUUGGGUUCUGCGUGAACCAGGACGAGUCCAUGGAUAGUGACCCACCCGUGACCCGGCAGUUUUUCCCGGUGGAGGAGGAGGCGGCGGCCGUCUCAUCAGGCGGAGGGAGCGCGGCCUUCCCUCGGGCCCACUGGGUGGGCGUAAGAUUCUGUCAGCCAGAAGCAGUCGGCGGUGCUGGUGGUGGCGGAGGAAAAUCCGCGGAAGUGGCGUCGCAGCCGAUGAAAAAAAGUCGGCGAGGACCAAGGUCGAGGAGCUCUCAGUAUAGGGGAGUCACCUUUUACAGAAGAACAGGUCGAUGGGAGUCGCAUAUAUGGGAUUGUGGAAAACAAGUGUAUCUGGGUGGAUUUGACACGGCACAUGCAGCUGCUCGUGCAUAUGAUAGAGCGGCUAUUAAGUUCCGGGGAGUAGAGGCGGACAUCAACUUCAACAUUGAAGACUACGAAGAAGACUUGAAGCAGAUGAGCAAUCUAACAAAGGAAGAGUUUGUGCACGUACUUCGUCGGCAAAGCACUGGGUUCCCCAGGGGAAGCUCCAAAUAUAGAGGCGUAACUUUGCACAAGUGUGGAAGAUGGGAGGCUCGAAUGGGCCAAUUUCUUGGCAAAAAGUACGUUUAUCUUGGUUUGUUUGACACGGAGAUUGAAGCUGCGAGGGCUUAUGACAAAGCAGCAAUAAAAUGUAAUGGCAAAGAGGCCGUCACUAAUUUUGAUCCCAGCAUCUACGACAAUGAGCUUAAUUCUGAAUCCUCUGGCAACGCUGCGGAUCACAAUCUGGAUUUAAGUUUGGGCAAUUCGAGCUCAAAGCAAGCCCAUAGUCAAGCAGUGGGCAACGAUGCCCCGAACGCUGGAACUGAUCAUCACCACAUGGCAUCCGAAUCUAGUUGGAGAAACAAUGGAGGAUUAAUGAGGCCUAAGUUGACACUGCCGGAUGGUCAAACUCAGCUUCAUUCUGCAGCACCUAGAGAAAUGCAAAGAUUUGGCGCCUACAGGACAUCGAGAGAGCCUCAAAUGCUCCACAGUUUUGUUCCAUCGCAUCUUCAGCCACCAAGCUUUCAUUUUCCAAGCAGCAGCAACGAAGGGCGGAUAGGGAGUGAUCUUUCACUGUCGAUGAGCGAGAAUCAUCACCAGCAAUCGGGGCCGCCGCCUCCUCUUCAUCAAGCUCAUUAUAUGGCAACUGCUGCAGCAUCAUCAGGAUUCCCAACGCAGAUUAAUAGACUUUCCCAAGGAUGGCUGCAGAAAAAUGGGUUCCACACACUCAUGAGACCCAAAUGACCCACAAUUUAGGAUCUUUUUUCUGCAUAGCCAUUUUAAUUAAUCCCUAUUUCCAAAUUCUAAUAAUCUUUAUCUUCUUUUUCCUUGGGCAUACCCAUUUAAAUUACACACUGGGAUUUGAGCGUGUAAAAAAAAAAAAAUGGUUGCAGAUUUAGAGCUUAGAUUCUUGCUUUAUGUAGUGUGCUUCAUGCAGGAACAGACCUCAAUAGGUUUUAUAAUUGAGGGUGAAACAAAGGGGAUUGAAAAAGACGCUCCAAAUUGGGAAACGGCAGCUGGGGUUUUGGUCAAACUAACAAACCGACGAAAUCUUUAACUAGAUAUUCUUGUUUCUGAGUAAAAACUCAUGAUUCGUUGGUUUUCUACGUUCUAUGGUAUUUAUGACGCCACAUAUUCUUUUCUUAAA